AUGACGGCACGAACUAGGGGACACGAGUGGACGAGGUUACGUCUACGUGGCAGUCGUCGCUUGCGGGAAGAAUUUGUGCUGGAGGACUUUCGAGCAUGGGUCGAUUCUUCGGCGGACUUGUCGGACGAUGAAACAGAGAACGAGGCACGGCAAAAAAAACUUGUCGGUGACGAUGCCGUGUACGAACCAACAGUAAAUGAUAUGUACGAUCGUGACGCAAAAGUUCACCGCAAAUUGGAAACGGAGCGCAGUGGGGUUAAGUAUGCGAAUGUGAGUACAAAUGCGAUCUUUAACAGAGAGGGUGAGCCUCGGUUCGUCGACCAACAGGAAGAUCCGGGGGACGGAAACGCCGUGGCAUUGGCACGUGGCAAUCUUAUUAUGCUGGAUUACUAUUACCGUGUAUAUUCAUAUCAUCCCGAGAUGAAGGCUAUGUCUUAUAUUGGUGAAGAGACGAGAAUGACGGAAGGGUUGGGUACCCUGAUGGCCGGUGCCGUGGUGGUCGGUGCCAUUGUGGCUCUGUGGCUCCGACGGUCCUGUUUGUCCGGAAACAAAGUUCGGCGGGCGGUGUCCCUAGAACUCAAAGCGUACGGGUAUCGACAGUUAUAA